UUUGUCAUUUAGCAGACACUCUUAUCCAGAGCAACUUACAGUAGUGAGUGCAUACAUUAUCAUACUGGUCCCCCAUGUGAAUUGAACCCACAACGCUGGCAUUGCAAGCGCCAUGCUUGACCAAUUGAGCUACACGGACCUUCUGUAACCAUACCAAAUGUAAUAUAUACUAAUUUGAGUGUCCUGGAUUUACAUUUACUAUGUUACGUCUGGUCUAUGAGACCCGGCUGCCACUCGCUCCACCUUAUUCAUGGUUUCCUCAGUUUAAAGGUGGUGGAAAUAUUAAGGAAUUAGUUCAAGGUCAGAAUACAUUAUAUCUGUAGCCACAACUCAAUUUCUUUAAUCACCAUCUCAAACGUUUACCUUGCUGGCAUACUUAAGUUUUUUAAUUUAACUUUUAUUUAGUCAGUUAAGAUCAAAUUGUUAUUUAUAAUGACGGCCUACCCCAGCCCAAUUGUCGACGCUGGGCCAAUUGUGCACCGCCCUAUGGGACUCCCAAUCACGGCCGGAUGUGCUACAGCCUGGAUUCGAACCAGGGACUGUAGUGACUCCUCUUGCACUGAGAUGCAGUACCGUUGCCCCACUCGGGAGCUCAAAUUAAAGGUCGGAAUAAGCAGAAAGGUGCAUAAAAAAGGGAAAAAGUUCCAGGGAAUAAAGCGCCUUACUCAGGACUGAAUUUCCCCCUCGGUGAACGGGAAAAUAAUAGGUCUACCUACACACAUCUGGAACUUUUGUAGCCUGCAGGCCAUCCCUGUGGCUCUCUCGAGAGCGCCAACGAUUGGGGAGUACUGAUGGCGGGUACAGCGCGGAAGUGGAUGCGGAUGUGACGUUUUCGGACAUCACUUCAUAACACUCUAUCGCCGCAGGAUGUAUUAUGAAAGGCUCCGUAAAGUUGUGUUGAAUAACCACGGUUUCUCCGCCAAAUUACACAACACCACGUGUGCAUGGUAAACUCAGUCAUUCACGAUUCUGUCUGUAACACUAUUUAAAAAGUAAACAAUUACAUUUGGAACGAAGCGAGCAUGGCCAAGCGUAAAGAGUCUGCAGACACAGCAGUGAAGACUGACACAAAGAAACUGAAGAAGGUUGCAAAAGGCAAAGCUGGAGGACUAAGAGCCAAAAAAGAGAAUGGAGCGGAAACGGAGAAGGUUCCGAGAAAAGCCAAGCACAAAUCCCAUCUCUCUAAACCUAUAGUAGGGGACACAACCGAAAACCACACCAGCAAGUACUUCCAGGACAAGACUCCAGUGAAGGAGGAGCCUGCUGAUAUGAGUCCUGAGAGUGAUAUCAUCCCUCCUUUUAUCAGAGCCAGAAAAGACACAGUAAAGCCUGUGAAAAAAGAAGAAGAAGAUGAGGACAGCGAGGAGGAUGAAGACUGGGAGGAAGUGGAAGGUCCAGUGGAACCAGAAGAGCCAGCCCUGCCCUCACAGCCUGUGGAGAUAGAGAUUGAGACCCCAGACAUCAUCCACAAAAGGCAGAAAAGGGAGAAGAGGAAGGCGGAGUUUGAGACCUAUUUGCGACGCAUGAUGAACCGCUUCAACAAAGAUGUGGUGGAGGACACACACAAGGUCCACCUCAUGUGUCUUUUAGCCAACGGGAUGUUCCGGAACCGGUUGUGUAGUACACCGGACCUGCUGGCCAUCAGCCUGUCUCUGCUGCCCACCCACUUUGCCAUGGUGGCCAAGGAACGCAUUGACACCAACUACGUCUCUGGCCUGCUCAAGUGGUUUGGGGCGACGUUCACGCUUAACCCGGAGCUUCCCUGUGAGGAGAGGCCCGACCCACAGGGCCUGCUGGAGAGGAGGCUGGGCAGCCUCACCGCUAGAGACCACCAGGAAAUGACACAUCUGUUCCUAUUGAUGCUGAGGUCGUUACAGCUCUUCUGUCGACUGGUGCUCUCUCUGCAGCCCCUGUCACUGAAGCCCCCGUCAGCCAAGAGCAAGGCCAAGAACUCAGGCAGUCCGCCUAGGAAGAGUCCAUCGCAGAAGAAACCUCCAAAAGAGAGCCCCUCAGAGCCCAAGGUAACCCCAGGGUCCAAGAGACCGGCAGGGGGGAAGGCCGAGAGAGGAGGGAAGAAGGCAAAAAAGAAAGAGGCCGGGGAGACGGGAAAGGCUGUGUCGGUGGGACAGAAACCCAAGAACUCCAAGCGCCGCAGCAUAGCCUCGAAGGUGAGCUACAAAGAGGAGAGCAGUGAAGGGGAGGGGCCAAGUGAUGGGGAGGAGUUCCAGCUGACCAAUGAGGAAGACAGUGAGGACUCUGAGGGAGCAGUCAGAGCCAAGAAAGUAAAAGGACGUAAGAACAUGGGCAAGAGUACAGCUCCACAGAAAACAAGUAGUGGAGGCAAGAAGAAAGUGAAGAGUGAAGAGGAGGAUGACGAUUGGGAGGGAAACGAAGAGGAGGGGGAGGAAGAGCAGGGGAUGAAGCGGGGCAAGAGGAAGGAGGGGAAGGGUGCAGACGAGUGGCUGGAGGUGUACCUGGAGAAGACUGGGUGCUGGGUCUGUGUGGAAGUGCUGCAGGGCGUGGGGCAGCCUCAACUGUGCUCCAAGCAGGCCACCCAUCCCAUGACCUACGUGGUAGCCGUGGACGGGGACGGUCACCUGAAGGAUCUGGGCAGCAAGUAUGACCCCACCUGGAUGACCUCUACCAGAAAGCGCCGGGUGGACGAGGAGUGGUGGGAGGUGACGCUAGAGCCAUUCCUCGGCCCUGAAUCCGAGAGGGACGUCCAGGAGGAUAAAGAGCUCCAGGCGAAGUUGCUGGACAAGCCGUUGCCCACGUCGAUAGCAGAGUUCAAAAACCACCCGCUGUACGCCCUGAAGAGACAUCUACUGAAAUAUGAAGCUCUCUACCCCUCCACAGCGGCCAUCCUCGGGUACUGCAGGGGAGAGCCUGUCUAUUCCAGGGACUGUAUUCACACGCUACACUCCCGAGACACCUGGCUGAAGGAGGCGCGCACCGUCCGUCUAGGAGAGGAGCCCUGCAAGAUGGUGAGAGGGUUUUCCAAUCGCUCUCGGAAAGUCAGGAUGGCGUCAGAGCAGAAGGACAAAGAUGACCUGGCUCUGUUUGGUGAAUGGCAGACAGAGGAAUACCAGCCCCCAGUAGCUGUGGAUGGCAGAGUGCCUCGUAACGACUUCGGCAACGUUUACCUGUUCAAGCCCUGCAUGCAGCCAGUUGGCUGUGUCCACCUGCGUCUGCCUAACCUCCAGAGAGUGGCUAAGAAGCUGGACAUGGACUGUGCCGCUGCUGUCACUGGCUUUGACUUUCACGGUGGCUACUCUCAUGCUGUAACGGACGGCUACAUUGUGUGUGAGGAGCAUGAGGAGAUCCUGAGAGCAGCCUGGGUGGAAGACCAAGAGAUCCAGAGACAAAAGGAGAAAGAGAAGCGGGAAAAGAGGGCAGUGGCUAACUGGACUCUGCUGGUGAAGAGCCUGCUGAUCAGGGAGAGACUACAGCGUCGCUAUGGGAAGAAAGGCCCAACCCCCGGAGGAGGCCUGGACCAACUGAAGAGCCAGGAUAGGGAAGGGGUAGAGGGUCUAUCGUCUGAAGAGGAAGGGGAAGGCGGGCCGAACACGGCUUCUGCCGCCCUGGCACAGGCCUGGCCCCAGAACAGACAGGGGGAGCAGGACAGUGGCACGGGGGGAUCCUCCAAAACUACAUCCAAACGGCAGAAAAGGGGCCAGGAAAAGCACCUUUUCCCCUUUGAGAAAGUAUGAGAUCAUCCAAUCCAACUCUCUCUGUCGCCCAUCCAGUUGUGUUCUUCAUGUCGCCAGAACAGAUCAGAAGUAGGUCAGGCAUCUGUUCCUGCUUCCUGCUGUGCUACAGGAGAUGUAGCUCAUUGUAAUCCAUGUGGACCAAAACAACAAAGCAGUCUGGUGUUGGUGUGGCACACGGGCAUGCCUGAAGUGUCCCCACUCGCGCCAGCGAAUAGCCCGCUUUUCGCGUGGCGCCCGACUGGUAAGACGCUUGAGAAUUGCUGUUACGUGUGCUAGCAAGGCAGAGGUCCUGGGUUUGAGCCUCUGUGUAAACCCUGACUCGGGAGGAAGUGGUACUCUCUAAGCUAGCAGCGUGACCACCUUUACACUGGCACAGACUCUAACCUGCACCGCUGCAGUUGUUUCACACUCUCAUAUCUCUUAUCGCUCCUGUCUCUCUAAACACACUCAUAUCUCUACGUGUGUGUGCGUGUGCGUGCGUGCGUGCAUGCUUGGGAGCUCAGUUGUCUGUCUCUACUGUGUAUUAAGACAGUUUUUUUUAAAUCCAAAGUAUUUUUCUAAGAAUUGUUAUAAAAUUGUAAAAAAUGUAUCCGAAUUGUUGUUAUAUUACAGCGUUGAUGUGAUGUUAAAAGAAUGGAAAUAAAUAGCAGAUAUUUUGGGACUCAUUAGUUUGAUCCAAAUAGUAGUGUUGACUCGGGCAUUUGUGUCAUCCUCAAGCUGCCCAAACUACAAACUCAGACAUUCACAACAAGAUCAGUUUCAUCAUCACAAUGUCUCAUAGCAACGGUAUGUUUUAUCCUUGAGGCAAUGGAGCCCAUCACUGGUUGUCAGAGACAAGGAGGGAGUUAUUUUACGCUGGCUUGGGUUGAACCGGGCUACGGGAGGGAGGAGAACUCUUCUCAAAUCGCACGGUAAUCUGCACCGCUCGGUCAUGUUGUCAGCAUGGUGCAUUGUCUAGAAACAUCUUUUCCAUCAAAUAAAUGUUUGAAAUGUCAAA